CGGUGACCGUAACCAAUGCCAUCCGCAUAUCAAAAGAGCAUCAGUGAUCUCAGCGGGAGGUGAUCGUGCAGUGCACCAACGGGGCACCGUCGGAUACUAGCCGGCCGGCCGACCGACCUCAAACUAUCAGAGAAAGAGAGGAGGAAGAAGAAAAGAUCGAGGAGGGGGAGCAGAGCGCAAGAAGCCCAUGGUAACCUAAUCGCAUCUCUUUUACUCCUUUUCGUUCUCGCCCUCCUCUGCCCUUUCGCUGCCCGAUUUCUCCCCCGUCGCGCUUCUCCUCGGAUCUUAGGCCGAUUCCUCGAUCCAAUCCAUUUUCUUGGUUCUCCAACCGCUCCAUCCUGUCGAGCUCGAUGUCGAUCUCCUUCCAUCUUGACCUUAAAUCCAAUCCAUGUUCGAGUUCUUGAAUUCUUGGAACUGGAAUUACCCGCAUUGAGUCGCACAAUCGUCAUGUUUCAAGAUAUCUCCGUUCUCUGCUUUUUGAGGUAAUUAUCGGGUGCUAUCGUUGUGGGAAAUCCUAGAUCAAGCGCCAUUCUCGCGAACCACUUCGUGUCUUCGAGGGGUAAAUUUCAGGACUUGAACGAAUAAUUAUGGUGUACGGAUUCUUUUAUUUCGAUGCUUCUUGGAAGUUUCAACGUUAAUGCCUCCCUGUCACUUGCUCGGCUCCUUCAGCGUCACUACAAAUCUAAUUUCGAUGCUCCCUAUUGAAGUUUUUGUGGAUUGUAUUGCCUAAAAGAUUAAAUAGUUAGAUUGGAUUCAGUUCUUAUUGGCAUUUGUUUGUUAUAAUUGAAAAAAAAAAAAAAUCUUAUUCUGCUUCUGUCUGUAUGUGGUCUUGACGAUGAUGGAUCAAGUACCCAGCUGUGGACUACUUAGAGAAGAUAAUAAUUCUCUAUGAUGCACUACUUAAUGAGGGGAAAGUAACCCACUUGAAUGGGCAUUCAGUGUCGAGGAGAUGUCGUUGAAACUACCUCAGGGGUUUUCCGUCCUUAGAAGUGUUGGUUGGUUUGAUGACAAGAAAGGUGACUCUGCUGCCAACCACAGUUUUACUCCUUCCCUCAAACUUCAAACGGAUAAAGAGAUAUACAGGCCUGGUGAUUCAGUUACUGCAGCCAUAGAGAUUUGUUGUCCGAAAAUUUCGAAGGGAGUUACUCAGGCAGGGCAUUUGAGUGAUGGCAUCUCUUCAUUCUUGGUCGAUAACCUUACAUUUGAAAUUAAAGGUAUUGAGAAAUUGGAUACUCAGUGGUUUGCUACACAGAAGCCAUUGCCUCGAUCAAAACAAAGGAGAGGUGAGCAAUUGUUUCUGGACUCUAUGGCACCAACAAUAGUAUCAAAAGUGAUCGUUUCUUCUGGGGCUACCAAAACAUAUUUAGUACGAGUUGAGCUGCCGAAGGUUUUACCACCAUCUUACCGGGGUCUUAGCAUUCGCUAUAUAUAUUAUGUUAGAAGUACAUUAUGUGGAUGGUGGCUUGUAUUGGAGAAUGGCGAUCAUAAUAGGUGCACAAAUAAUUUAAUUCAAUUGGAAUCUCGAGCUCCUUUGCAAAUAUGGGUCUCACAAAAGAAAAACAACUUGCUGAAUGAAGGAAGCUUACCUCUUGCAGCUGAUCAGUUGGAUAUGCAUUGGAGAGAAAAAGAUGCAGAUUCUGAUUGGGUUCGAGCAAACGAGAAUUUGGAUGGAUUGGAAGAAGGAUAUGAUAGUUCGAGAGAUGAAGUGUCAUCUGUUUCCUCCUACAAUCCUACUAAAGGAAAUGCUGACCUAACCCCUAGAAACUCUCUGUCCUUGCAGUCAAUUGCAUCAACGCUUUCUAAUAAUGAAUUCCAAUAUUUUCAUGGAAUACGCUCUGGUUUCCCUUCAUAUAAUCCACUUCCUCGACUGUCUGUAGCUGAGGUCGUAGAUGAUCCUGGUGGAGGGUUGUUGUCACCUCAAAAGAAGCUUGAUAAUUCAUCAUCUGCUCCCUCUCCAAGUCAGCAAAGAAAUUCUCAAGAUUCUUAUUUCUCUAAAGACGACAUUGGAUCACCUCAUGCAUCUAAAGCUGUUGAAUCUGUAGCAUCAAAAUUUUCUGCAGCAGAAGGCUUCAUUCGAGGAAGAUCCUACAAUAUCAGGAUAGAUGACCAAAUUUUGCUUCGGUUCUCCCCAAGGAACUCUAACUCAACUUAUUAUUUCGGAGAUAUGAUAGGUGGAACUCUUACCUUCUUUCAUAGAGGAUUUAGAAGAUGCCUUGAGGUUUCAAUAACAUUGGAGACUUCAGAAACAAUUAACCAGCGUUUUGUCCAUCCUUCAAGAAGGAGCUCGCCUACAAUCACAAAGAUACAAAGUGAGCAUCAUGAGGUAGUUGCGGAUUUGGUUCAGACAAGCUUUCUUUUUUCAAUUCCUAUUGAUGGGCCCAUGUCCUUCUCCACCCCAAAAAUUUCAGUGCAAUGGUCGCUUCGCUUUGAAUUUUUCACCACUCCCAAGGAUCUGGACUUGACUAGUGGCAGGUACGAACAUCCUCUUCUUAUUGAGCAAAGAGAAAAAGGCAAUUGGGUUCUUCCUAUAUCUGUAAAUGCACCUUCUUUACGGUCACAGACCGCGCAAAGCAGAAAUGAGAAGCCAUGGUCUCUUGGAAAUUUUUUUCGCACUUGAAGCUCCCAGGCAAUGCAGGAUCCUUCCAACUUGGUUUUCCCCGGGAAACACUCUGGUUGCAUUGGAAAUAUCCACCUAGCAAGUGUGGUUAUGAUAUAGAAAGCUACAUAAGAUUUAGAAGAAUGUGCUGCAAAGAUUGAAUUUUGUAUCAUUUUGUUUGUUCAUUGCAUGAUGAAUAUUUAUUUACCUUCAAAGAAACAAAAUAUAAUCUGCUCUUCAUUGUUUGAGCCAAAGAAAAAAGGCAAUUAUGUGUUAGAGAAGAUAACCAUUGUUGUGGUGGAGAUUGAUUUGUUGCAUAGGACAUGUCAUGUGAUCCACUUAGGGAUUCCAUGCUAUGACUGUUAGGGUGAUCACUUGUUCUGCUUUAGGAAUUUUUUCCAGUUUAAUUUGAUUCUUUUGAGAUACUCAUUUCACAUGAUUCUUUGGGUUUUGACUCUGAUCAUUACAUCAGUAGUUAGACUGUCUACAUAUUGUUAAAUGUUCAUUUGAUGAAUGACAUGUUAAUGAGAGAAACAAUUAUAAAUAAGGAGAGGUCACAUGAUCUUGUCUAAUAUAUCUAGAAAUCAUACCAGAAACAAUUAUAAACAAGGAGAGGUCACAUGAUCUGGUCUAAUAUAUCUAGAAAUCAUACCAGAAACUGUGAAGUCUGACUCAUAGGUUUCUGCAACAAGCUGAAUCCCUCUCAAGUUGCUUUCUUUCAAUGUCUGACACUGUCCUUCCCACCUUGAUCCAUUUUAAUCCAAUGAGUCUGUGGAACCAUUUUUCAUUAAUGAUCAAACUACUUAACUAGCUUAAUAUGUUCAAAUUGAUUAAGGGACAAAGAGGGAAAAAACUACUAUUGGCCACUUUCAUUUUUGUAUUACCAAAUUAUUAGUUCUCAGAUCAGUUUAGUUCUGACCUAAUAAAUGAUCCUGGAAAAUGCUACUAUAUCAUUUUUAAAGCAAGCACUGGAAAAUGUUGAUCAGCAAUUAAUGUGUACCAAGUCAAACAAUAUAAUUUUGUUAAAAAGCAAUAUUCCUUUAU